AUUUCUAAAAUGGAACCCUUUUAUCCAUCGUGCCACUUCCCUUACAUCUAUUAUAUCAUUUGCUCUUUGUCUUCUCUUCAAUUUCUCUUUCUGCAGCAUUUCAACUUUCUCCUUCAAUAAGCACUUUCUCUCUUCAAACACCACAACCUCUCCUUAAGGCUUCUUCUCUUUUUCACCUCUACAACUUUCUUUCUUCUGCAACUUUCAACUGCGAAUAUGGCAAGAUCGUUUGAGCUGGUGAAAGACAUCAAUGACACAAAGGAGAUAUGGAAAGUAGCUGUGAGAGUCCAUCACAAAUGGAUUGUUGUGUCCAAGAAUAAGGAGCAUUUUGAGAUGUUAUUGUGUGAUAAAGAAAAUUCUGAAUUGAAGAAACCAAAGAUGAAUUCCAUGGUAUCAGGAACACUAUCAUCAUUCAAUGAUAUAAAACUUGUGAGUUCAGCUUCUAAUACUUCCCUUAAAGAAGAUGUUGCUAUGUGUCUUAUCGGAACUCCUCACCAGACAUGAAGCAAAAUCGGUCAGACAAGAUAAUUUUAUUAGCUGCUGCUGAGAGGUGUCAAUUCAUAAUGUUGAUGAUGCAUAACUGUAGCCUCGAAAAGCACACUUUCCUAUUGAGAUGCUCAGUCAUGAAGUAAUUAUUUCAUCUCUUUGAAAAGGAGGGCUCAUUUGUUGAGGACCUUCACCAGUGCAUAACAGCUUAUAUGGAAGAACACAUAUUGAAUGAUCUCAAAUCAUAAAGUCAUGCUCACAAUCAUUCCGGUUCGAAAUAUUUUUAGAAAGAGCUUCGGAAAUCUACUUGGUUCUUGCUUCUAGCUUGUCUGUAUGUAUUUGAACCCGGUGGAACUUGCAAUCUUUACGGUUUAUUUUCUGCCCCUUUGUUGAUAGGUUGGGGUAGCCACAACAAGGUGGUUACUGGUUUUUGUAAUAACGAAGUAAAUCAUGAACAACAAGAAUCUCAUAACAUGAUGAUUAAUGUUCAUCAUUAUCUUGAUUCUUGAGAAAUAAUAGUAGUA